CUCGCAGGGGCUCGCACUGAUCCAAGUUAGGAGCUUUCAGCUGCCAGCCUUGGCCCAUCAUGUAAGUGCUGCGGAGAAUUCUUUGCAGUGCAAUUGCAAAAAUUACCUCUUUUCCCGACGCCUGCGAGGGCUGUGCAAUUAUACCACCGCUCUUUGCACGGACACGCACGCUCCGGACGCAAAAAGGCUCCAAGUGCAUGAAGAUCGAGGCUUGUAUUUUGCAUCCUUGUUGCAAAAGCAAGCCGCUGAAGCUCCAUUGCGAGGGCGAUGGAGGGAGGGAGUGAGAAAGAAGGCAAAGUCUUUUGUGCUUCCCCUCCCCCUCAUCAAAGCAAAGGGGAAAUGUCUCAGCCAAAGGGAGGUAAGAGGAAGCCGCAGCUCAAGCUCCCCAAGGAGGUGUUUGAGCAGCCUCCUCCCACAGCAGUACCCCCAAGAGAUUUGGAUUCCAAAGCUUGUGUAACUAUCGGAGAGAAGAACUUCGAGGUGAAGGCAGAUGACCUGGAGCAGAUCUGCGAGCUGGGCCGGGGAGCGUACGGCGCGGUGGAGAAGAUGAGGCACGUGCCCAGUGGCCUGAUCAUGGCUGUGAAGCGGAUCCGGGCCACAGUGAACACUCAGGAGCAGAAGAGGCUGCUCAUGGACCUGGACAUCUCCAUGAGGACAGUGGACUGUUUCUACACCGUGACCUUCUACGGAGCACUGUUCAGAGAGGGCGAUGUCUGGAUCUGCAUGGAGCUGAUGGACACCUCCCUCGACAAGUUCUACAAGCAGGUGAUCGAGAGGGGCAUGACCAUCCCGGAGGACAUCCUGGGAAAGAUCGCCGUCUCCAUAGUAAAAGCGUUGGAGCAUCUGCACAGCAAUCUGCAAGUCAUACACAGAGAUGUGAAGCCCUCCAACGUACUGAUCAACACGCAGGGCCAGGUGAAGAUGUGCGACUUCGGCAUCAGCGGCUACCUGGUGGACUCUGUGGCCAAAACCAUGGACGCCGGCUGCAAACCCUACAUGGCGCCGGAGAGGAUCAACCCUGAGACCAACCAGAAGGGCUACAGCGUCAAAUCUGACAUCUGGAGUCUGGGAAUCACCAUGAUCGAACUCGCCAUCCUGCGCUUCCCGUACGACUCGUGGGGCACGCCCUUCCAGCAGCUGAAGCAGGUGGUAGAGGAACCCUCGCCCCAGCUUCCUGCAGAUCAGUUCUCCCCCGAUUUUGUGGACUUCUCCUCUCUGUGCUUAAAGAAAGUUUCAAAAGAGCGGCCAACUUACACAGAACUCAUGAAACAUCCCUUCUUCACCUCCCACGAGGCAAAAGAAACCGACGUAGCUAGCUUUGUGAAAAUCAUCUUGGGGGACUGAGUGGUCACACUUGCACAGAAGGAAGGGAAGAACUGUUAAUAAGAAGAAGAAAUACAAACAAACAAAAAGCACCAAUCGCAGCCCCUGUUACCUGCAGCCUGCUCUCUCCCUUCCCUCCAGAAACAGCCAGACGGAGUAUCAGAGGGAGACGCUGACUCGAGAGAGGAGUUUGCCCCCACCAUGUCCUCUGUUCAAUACCUGACACGGGAGGGAUGGGGGAGAUGGGUUCCUCACACAUAAUCUGGAAUUAUUUAAGAUAUCGGUAUGCGAAAAAACUCCCUCUAUGGUUAGAUUUGUGCAACCCCAGUGCUCAUACAGUCUUUUUGCUAAAAACAGAAGUGAAAAGAGGUGCAGAUUAUAUAAAAAAAAGAUGAAUGAUAUAAUGCUAUCUAUGUAUAAUCUAAAUGUUUGUAUACUCAAAGCAAGUGUUGCAUCGGUUUAUUAAUUGACUGCAUGUACAGAAUAUAUCCCUGGGGGAAUAGAGGAGGAACAGUUGCAGAGUCCGUUGGAAAUAUGCAGAUGUGCGGCCUUUGCUUCAAGGCCCGAAAUAGGUACUGCACUUCAACUGCUUUCCCUAGAUUACAAAUACUACAUGUUUUAGACUCUGGCUGUGUAUGUGUGUGUGCAAGUGUGUGUGUGUGAUCUGGUGCGUGAUAUGUGUGUGUUUGUAGGGCUGCACGAUUUUGGGUAAAUUAGCAAUUUUUUAGGUUGGUAUAAGGAUUUACUCUCAUUAUUUUGAGGAUAAAAUUGUAUUUAAAUGUUUCGUCUGCAGUUUCGUUGUACCUUAUGCUCCUGUUAUUUAUGAUUUUGUGUCCAGGGGGCAGAAUUGUUGCGUCGUUUUCCUUCAUUUUGUCCUUUGUUGAAGCGCCUUGAUGCUAGCAAGGCAUUAGCAUGUGAUAAUUGUGCUAAUAUCUGAAACACUCAGUUUUUCCAAAUGUAUGUAAAAAAAAAAAGGUUAAAAACUUGGUUUAACACAUUCACUUGAUUAAUUCUGACUCUUUACGUGUUGAAACAUUUGUAAAGUAGCCCCUACUGGAAAUGAGUUUAUUGAAAACUAUAGCAGCACUUAGCUUGAUGCAGCUAACGCCCCUGCUAAUGCUAAGACAUUGUGAGUGAAAUGAGAUCCUGUACGAGGCGAAAUUCUGGAAAUCCGCUAAAUCAUGCAGCCCUACUUUAGUCACACAUUUAAAAGUGAUUUAUAUGGGAGGUGUGUGUUGACAUUGUGGUCAGUUGUGGGAGAAUAUUGCCCAUUUUCUCCUUGUUUUCUGUACUGAGCCAAUCACAACCCUCUCCACUCCAUGUUCAACAUGAAAAGAACUGGAUAUUAUUACUAUUAUUACUAUUAUAUUAAUUAUUUUUAUUAUUUAGAUCCAAGGGUUUUGUCCCCAGAUAUAUUUACUGCAGUUUCUCUUAUUUAUUACAACUGCUGUUUUCCCUCCGGGAACUUGAGCGAUUCUUUGGAGACUUCUCUUGUGUGUUUGUUUUCGUCGUGUUCUUCUUGGCUCAAACACGUAAAUGCUAUUUAAAUGUAAUUUGCAAUCCUUCUAUGUGCCUCUCUUUAAAAAACAACAACUUGGAAAAUAGGAAGUUUUAAUAGGGAUGGUGCAAGGAUCUCAGCCUCUCCCAUCAUAUCCUCCCUCUUCACAUGGCAUCAUAAUUCCACUUCCUGUUUGCUUUUGUUAUUUUGCGUUUCUCGUCAGUGUUUCUCUUUACUCCUAUCUGUUGUUGCCUUGUUUCUCAUGGUGGUGUCUGAUGGCAGGAAGCGUCGGACUGCCUACACAAAGCUCAGCGUGUAGUUGUUGUAAUGUGAUGACAAAGUGGGAAACUUUAAAUACUGUAAGCAACUGGAUGGCAGGGUAUUGUAACAGUUGGAUAAUCUUCUUGCCUAUAAAUAUUUUGUUACUCGGUUAUCCCUUGAUGUUUUGUGCAUUGGUGUUUUUAUGUCUCCUGUCCAUUUCUUGCUGAGCUUAGCACAACGUUGUUUGGUUAUUGCUUAAAGGCUCUAUUUAUGGGUGAAAAUGGGACUUAAUUGAUUGGAAUUCAAAAACAAGCUCAGAAUUGUCUUAGUCGCCGUGGUCAUUUUCAGAGAUAUCAUAAAUCAGGGACCUUGAAAACAUGGCAGUUCAACAGUGUUAAAAUAAACAGGGGUUUUAUAUACUGUUUUUAAUUCUAAUUAGAAAAUGACAUCCCCAAAUGGAAAACAAAUGUUCCAGUAGAAACGUGGGACACAAGCUAUGUAAACUGCAUUAAUUAAUGUUUUUAUGGUCACUUUACAGCAAAAUAAGUUUCAUUAUUGUCAUUUUAUCAGCCUUUAUAAUUUGAUAAGUUUUAAAGUUAAAGUUGUUAAGAUUUGGUUGUGUUUCCAAACUUUGUUUUGGUCUUCACAAACUCUCUCUUUUUCGGCAUAAUGUUCCACUACGUUUACCAGCUUACAUUUCAUUUUUGCUGCUUAGUGUAAGAGCAAGCAGAUGGUAUUUUUUAAUUUUGCCACAGUCGGUCUACGACACUGAUUUGAAACAGUGAAGUUGUUGGGCAAAACCAAAACAAAGAGCUAAAAGAAGCUAAAAUGCGAAACAGCUUCGGUUGACCUAGAAUUUUCUUGGGUCACAAAUAAAAGAUAUUGAUCAGAGCAACUUUAAUUGUUUUCUGAUGCUGUUAAAAGGUUGUUUACCAUACUAUAUGUACAUUGACAGUCACAGCAGGAAAUACGGCUAUUAUUUAAAUACUUAUCCUUUUCAUUAUCAUAAAAUCAAAUACCAGUACAUACUAUCGGCACAAUUUUCAUACGCAGUAAAUGCGACACAUAAAACGAUUGCACAUUGGGCCUUUAGCAAACUAAACAAAGUUGUACCCAAAGGUUCAGUUCCGCAUUUAGCACUUUUAUGUUUAUUCAAAAAUGUAAUUCUGUUUUCUGUCGCCAUUCAAAUUUGUGUCCUCAGUCCAGUUCAGCCCGCUCUGUCGUUUAAAUGCGUUCACCAGGUAGUUUCCUGUUUUGUAUCAGACAAACUUUCCUUUCACCUCUCACACCAAUAUAUUCUCCCUGCUUGGCUCAUGUCCCUCACAAAGAUUUGCUGUUCUAAGAACUCAUCCUCUUCCAUAAGUUCCCCUAUCAAGGUUACCAAACUUUUCAUCACACCAUGCCCAUGACACGGUGGAUGUGGUUGAGCAAUUUGAACAUUUUGCCACUUUCCUUUGUUUAGUAAUGAAGCUGAGUCAGAAGAUAGGUGGCAUUCUGUCAGAUAGUUAUUAUUUUGGGAACACUACAGGCUCCUCAUGAGUAUGUUUUUAUGCCAAAAAUAGGGAUAUACUGUUGAGAUCUGUAAUUGGCCUUUAUUACAUGAUGAAAUUAGACAAAUUAAAGUCACAGUUUCCUCAGCAAGGCCUGUCACUGGUCUGUCCUGAUCAGUUAUUUUCCCUGGAAAAGACCCUGUUGAACCCUUGAGGAUCUCAUGAUGAGCAGUGUCCUUUUUGUUCCAAUUACAAUUUUUGCAAGCAUGACCAAAGAGCCGAAAUAGAAAAGUGAGGGCUUACUUGGAGAUGGUACAUUUUGAGGAGGGGGACAGUGUUUGCAGCCCUCCUGCUGCUAAAUAAGCAACAUGAUUUAGUCCAGAUUCCCUUGAUAUCCCACCUGUAGAAUAUCAUCACCUGCAUGGUCUUGUAGCGUUGUUUUCGAUGUGUAGUAUGUUUAGGUCUAUUAAGUUCCUGACAAUGCUUUUCUGUGGUUUAAACACUUUUUCCAUCUUUGUGAGUGAUGCUUAAACUCUGUUUUGGUCUUUUAUUUCCUCUCUGGGACACACUGCAUGUUGCUGUGAUUGUUUGCACUGUACACAGGAGCCAUAUCACAUAGUCACAUUGCACAUGUGUUACUGUCAUUUGGAUUAUAAAAAAGUUGCAGUGUAGGUAGACAUUGUUUCGGUUUCAGCAAGGUGUUUUAAAGAGAUGCAAGUAAAAGAUUCUGAUGUUUUUGACAGCAAAAAGCACUUCUGUUCACAGUUGACUCAGUCAUUGUAGAGUAAUGACGAAAGUCUUAUCACAUGUCGUGUGUGUGUGUGUGUGUGUGUGUGUGUGUGUGUGUGUGUGUGUGUGUGUGUGUGUGUGUGUGUGUGUGUGUGUGUGUGUGUGUGUGUGUGUGUGUGUGUGUGUGUGUGUGUGUGUGUGUGUGUGAGAGUGUGUGAGGGCAGCACUAUCUUUACCCUGUUGUUGCUCUCCGGUAAGAUAAUGAAGCAAGUUACAUCAUUCACAGGAUCAAAAAGGCAUAUCCCCCCUCCUUCUUCAAAACCUGCAUCAUUUUUUGUCUCAGACUUUUUUACAUGUUCUGUGUGAGCAUUCACAUGUCUGCUUGCAUGCGGGAAUUCCCGCCUGUGAGUCUAUUUAUGCUCACCUGCUUAGUAAACAUCUGUAGUUGGGGGUUAGCAGGGGCAGGACGUCCGAAUGGGAACUUUCCGUUGCGGGCGAUUAUUGUCACAUCCCGCCAUCAUGCUGCUCUUAACCUCUGAGGUAAAUGGGGUCGUAUUUUUUGAUGAUGCAUUGGUAACAUCCAGUCGGCGGGAGGCUUUUUACUGGAACAAGACACCUCAUCAGUGGAAGUCCCAGACACGUUUGAGAUUUAGAGAGAAUCAAAGGAAAUGUAGCUUCUUCCUCAUCCUCAAAAUAUGUCACCAGAUGAAUUCAGAAAUAUCUAAAAAAGUCCUUGCAUCACUUACAGCCCUUUAAAGAUCGUGUUCUGCCAGAUCAUAUCCGGUGUAAAUCUGUCGUUUGUGCGUGAACCGUGCUGAGGUUUCUUGAACGCUUAGUUUUACCCGUCUAUUCUUGCUUGGAGCGUUCUCGAAUACAACGACUCGUAAGCCGUGGAGCUUUCUGUCUCUCUGUCGCAGGUGGUAAACUGCUGGUACACACAGCUGUAUGUGACUUAUGAUGUUGCGGUGUUGUGCUCUUUUAUCCGGGGUUAUCCGGGCUAGUUUGCCACAAUAAUCCGUUAUCCAGAGAUGCUACUGUACGUGGAAGAGGGUCUUUUGUUGCUGUCGGGUGGGGUUGGGGAAAGGGGUACUGUGGCUACAGCUGCUUGCCCCAUGUAAAGUGAAGUUCUCAGUAUAUUUACACAUCUCUAAAGCCUCUGCUAAAGACUGAUGACUGUUCAUUAAGAUGCUCAAUGAAUUUCUAUAAAUAUUUUAGAUUGCUCAAACUGAUUAUGUGCAAUUGUAAUGAUGGAAAUUCAAUAAAAAAGAGGUAUUUUUACACAACAAG